GUCCAUUGUUUCCAUUGUUGGACAAUAAUGUCCCCCGAACGGAAGUAAAAAAAAAAAAAACUUGUUUACAUGCCACGCUUAAACCCUCCUCCCUUUUCUCAUAGGACCGGACUGGGGAGUACGAGAGCGACAUCAUCCUCGAUAAAGGGCUUGUGGAUCCCCUUCCUGCUGUCCAGGUUCAGCCAAGCCAGAGAAAAGCGCUCUCAAUCCGACUGAGGCAUUAUAUUCACCACCUCUUCAACUCUCUUCUCUUUUUUCUUUUUUCUCUUUUCUCUUCACCACCAACCACACAUCCGCCCCCCUUCGACCGACGAACCAAGAUGACCUCCUACUUCAAGAGGCCGACAGAGUACUACCGAAGGACUCGAUGGACCUAUCCAGAUACCCUCCGCGUCCGCGGCUCCGUCAUCCCCACGGUACUCUCGGACGUCUUCAUCAUCACCAUUUUCUCCACCAUAAUCCAGACGAUCAAUACCAUGCGUCUCUUGCCAUUCCAGCUCGUCUUCCCUAGUGUCAUCGCACCUGCAUUGUCUGUCGUCGUCGGUUUGAUUCUCGCCUUCCGCACCAACACCGCCUACGACCGUUUUUGGGAGGGCCGCAAGCUGUGGUCUGCUCUCGAUGUCCAGGUCCGCAACUUCUCACGCAUGCUCUGGGUAGGCAUGAAGGAGACCCCUCACCCUCACGGUGUCACCAACGGCGUGGCCAGCACCGUCUCUCUCACGGCCGCUACCCCAGCCGCCAACAGCGCCCCCGCCCCCGCCCCCGCCCCUAACCCACCUGCAUCUUCCAGUCUCGGUGCCCAUCUUUUCAGCCGCAACUCCAAGAGCACCACUCCUCGUGAACCCGCCAAAGUUAACUCAAACGCGACACUGUCCGAGUUCUACCAUGCAGACGACCAUGAGAAGAUCCUGAUCAUCAAGUUACUGUUGGCCUUCGCGGUCUCGGUCAAGCAUCACCUGCGUCAAGAAUUCGGCGUUCGCUAUUUUGAUCUCGAGUACCUCCUCCCCGAGGGCUUCGUACCCUGUGCUGCGACCGACCGUGUGGAGAUCAAGACCCAGAUCCAGGAUAAGGCUCUCGGAGAUCGUUACCGUCAAUACAAUGAGGAGCCCUGGGAUAUCCGUGCCGGUAACGAGGAAGGACAGAUGUCGCUCCCACUCGAGAUCGCAUAUGCACUCUCGCUCUGGAUCAUUGGUGAGUCCCGCGCGGGCAGGAUCGAGAGCUCCUUGAUCGGGAACCUGUUGGGAUCCAUCAACACCAUGACCGAUAUCUUUACGAACAUGGAGCGGAUUGUCUUUACGCCUAUUCCGUUGGCCUACAGUAUCCACCUGCGUCAGGUCGUCUACCUGUACUGCUUGGCCUUGCCCUUCACGUUCUUUGAGAUCCUGGGCUGGCACACUAUCCCCCUGAUGGCCUUGGUGUCCUUCACGCUCUUUGGUAUGGAUGGUAUCGGUACGGAGAUCGAGAACCCCUUCGGAAAGGAUGCCAACGAUCUGCACAUGGAUGAGUUCUGCAGGGACCUCAAGCGCGAGCUCGAUUAUCUCGUCAACCUCCGCAACACCGUCCCCGGCGCCCAUGCUUAGAGAGAAAACAGAGUCUGAUGACUUUUUUCUUUCACUCUCUCACUUUCUCUCUCUCAUUGCCAUAUAUCUCUCUUAUCUGUCGUUUUUGCCUCCUUGUCAGUUCGAUGGGCGGGGGGGUUGUUUUCGAAUAAACACAUUCAUUCUUCGAUUCAUU